CGUCUAUUAAAAAAACAAAAAAUAUAUAUAUUCUAUAUUUUGUUCUCACUUUCCGUUCUGUUUUUCUUUAAGCCGGGCUUUAACCUAGACAUACAUUUGAUUGCAAUAAUAGCUUCGCAGAGUAUGUCCACGGGGAUAUCCAACACGAGGUCAAAGGAUUAUUUUAAUGUCAGUACAGUACAUUGAUAAGCACAAAUGUAGUUACAGGUCGGACGUUGAGAUCUAUGACAGCCGUCACCGCGAUUACAAGUCGAAAUCUAGCCCGCAAUAUCGUCGGCGUUCGUGUUCAGGUUCCGAGUCGCCGGAGGCUCGUCACUAUUCCGGCCGCACGUCUAGAGAUCGCCAUCGUAUGCGUCAAGCACGCGAUCAUCCGCAGGCGAGUCGCUGCAUUGGAGUCUUUGGCUUGAACACAAAUACUCCGCAACAGAAGGUGCGUGAAUUGUUCAACAAAUUUGGCCCCAUUGAGCGUAUUCAAAUGGUCAUCGAUGCUCAUACCCAUCGUUCACGCGGCUUUUGCUUUAUUUAUUUUGAGAAUCUCAGUGAUGCGCGUGUAGCCAAGGAUGCCUGUACAGGAAUGGACGUGGAUGGCCGUCGCAUACGUGUAGAUUACUCUAUCACUCAGCGGGCUCACACGCCUACUCCCGGUGUCUACAUGGGACGACCUUCACGUCCUCCAGGAAGACGCUCCCGUGACCGCGAAUAUAAUAGUCGAGAUGGCUCACGUUCGCGUCGCCGUCAUCGUGACAUCUCAUCAUCAUUAUCGCCACACAAUCGACGUAAAUAUCGUAGCCGUAAUCGCUAUGAACGUAGUCGGAGUCACAGUUAUACCCGUUCCCGUUCACCACGCAAGCCUCGCGUUCCAUCACGCUAUUAGGUCGCUGGCUUUCAAUUCCAAACUCAAAGCAAAUGUCACUGAACGAGGGUAUAGACUGAAUUAUUACUUGACUUGGCAGUUCAUGACAUAAUCCAUUGGCAGUGCCAGUAGAAUCCUCAUUAUAUAAUUUGCAUCACCUUUAAUCAUAACAAUUAGUUGAUAGCUGACCAUUGUCGUUUAUGUUGCAUCCUCGUACGUUUUGUGAAAUGUAGUGUAACCACCAAGAAAGCAUCUGUGUAGAUUAUGCGUGCCAUCUUUCCUCCGAGGCACGUCUUACACCUUGUGAUAUGUAUUUUAAAAGAAACGGCGUAAUUAAUAACAAUAAACUAACAAAACUAACCCA